AUGGGUUCUUCAAAUGAAGGUUCAGAUGAUGAUUAUAGCGUUCUUGGUGAUGCAUUUCGUGAUGUUGCUUUUUGCAACAAAACUGGAGAAGUUGAUUGGGAUACCUACAAGGAAUGUAUAGAUCAACCAGACAUGCAAGCGGUAGCUUUUUAUAACCUCGUCAAAUACAGCCUGUUGAUGUUCACGUUACCAUUUAUUGCAAUGUAUGGUUUCUAUCUUUUUAUUAAAGAUUUUGUCGGAUGGGCACCAUCUUCUGCUCUUAUACCUGCCGCUCUUGUUGCUGCUUUAGUCGUUUAUUUCGUGAUCGCACUAUUCAUCUAUGUAGCAUACAAGGAAGAAAAAGAUGAUGCAGAACCGCAGAAAGUCCUAAAAAAGCGUAACUAG